AUGGCAACAGGCCUCCUGGCACCCCCAGGGUUGGCACCGCUGUCUCUGGGGGCCAGCUGGCCGGGGGAGGGGAGGAGUUGGCACUGGGCACAUGGCUGGGGCUCACCUAGCGCCUCUCCCCCAGAUCACCUGCUGGCUGACGCCUACUCUGGCCACGAAGAGUCCCCCGAGAUGCAGCCAGCCCCCCAGAUCAAGCGCCGCCUCUCGCUGGUCUCCAACGGCCGCUACGAGGGCAGCCUCUCCGAGGAGGUGGUCGCCGGGAAGCCAGCGGGAGAGGGCCCCCAGCCCCGCCUCCGCCGCAAGAAGCUGGAGAGGAUGUACAGUGUUGACCGCGUGUCUGGUGAGGGGCUUGGCGCGGGCGCGGGCGCGGGCGAGCUUGGGCGAAGUGCUGGUGCCAGGGUGUUCAGGGGCUACGCGGAGAGGAAGCGCCGGAAACGGGAGAAUGAUUCCGCGUCCGUAAUCCAGAGGGUGUUCAGGGGCUACGCGGAGAGGAAGCGCCGGAAACGGGAGAAUGAUUCCGCGUCCGUAAUCCAGAGGCCCUCAGGUGGCGACCUGCAGAGCUCGCACUGCACCUUGGGCGAGGCCUUCGAGGACCUGGACUGGGAGGCUGAGAAGGGCCUGGAGGCUGUGGCCUGCGACGCCGAGGGCUUCCUGCCACCCAAGGUCAUGCUCAUCUCCUCCAAGGUGCCCAGAGCAGAGUACAUCCCCACCAUCAUCCGCAGGGACGACCCUUCCAUCAUCCCCAUCCUCUAUGACCACGAGCACGCGACCUUCGAGGACAUCCUGGAGGAGAUCGAGAAGAAGCUGAACAUCUACCACAAGGGUGCCAAGAUCUGGAAGAUGCUCAUAUUCUGCCAGGGCGGCCCGGGACACCUGUACCUGCUCAAGAACAAGGUGGCCACCUUCGCCAAAGUGGAGAAGGAGGAAGACAUGACCAGCUUCUGGAAGCGCUUGAGCCGCCUGAUGAGCAAAGUGAACCCAGAGCCAAACGUCAUCCACAUCAUGGGCUGCUAUAUUCUGGGGAACCCCAACGGGGAGAAGCUGUUCCAGAAUCUCAGGACCCUCAUGACCCCUUACAGGGUCAUCUUUGAGUCCCCCCUGGAGCUGUCGGCCCAAGGUGAGUUGGUCAGGCUGCUUCCCCGCACUGGGAUGGGGUGCAGAGGCAGCGCCCCCUUCCCCCAGGCCCGCCCCAGC